AUGGCCGCCGCCGCAGUCGAGAACCCAGUGAACGUGCAGGCAGAGUCCAAGUCUGCCCGCAGGAAGAAGGCCAAGGCAGAGGCUGCAGCAAACGGCACGCAUCAAUCUACAGCUGCAGUACCAGAGGCAGAGUCCAAGGAUGCCUCCGUCGCACCACAAGGAGACGAUGCUGGCGACCACCCAUAUCUCAGAGAGUUGCAGAAGCAGAUCCGCAACGUCAACAAGAAGCUCACGCUGAUGCAGAAGGUGGACUCUAUCGUGGCUGAGAACCCAGGUGUGUCGGUUGAAGACCUCGUCGCACAGCGCAAGAUCAACAACGACCAGAAAGCACAGCUGCUCAAGAAGCCUCAGCUCCAGGCUCAGGUGCAGGACCUCACCGAGCGUUACCAGCACUACCGUUCGUUCGACUCCGAAUACCAGACCAAAUUCACUAAGCAGCGAGAGGAGCUUUCCUCUCAGCACGAGAAGGCGCUGGAGAAGAUCAAGGAGGAGGCACGUGUGGAGGCACUAUCUUCCAGUGCGAGCGAGCUCCGCAAGAAGCUGCUCACCUUCUCCCAGUUUCUGCGUGCUGCAGCUGCUAAGCGCGCCAUCGAAGACGAGACAGACACAGACGAGAGCAGAGCCUUUGAGGGCGCACUGCUGCUCGUGUACGGCGGUGACCAGAAGGCUGUGGAGACGGCAGUCAACAUCAUCGAGGGUGCUGGCGAGCGUGUCCCCAGCGUUGAGGGCAUCGAGCUGCCAAUUACCUUCGCACAAGUCAAGCAGGCCUCGGUCGGCCACGCACCUUUCCAGAACGAAGAGGCCUGGGCUCAAGAUGUCGCACAAGCUACGAGCGGACAAGCACCAGCCGAGCUGAGCGAUGUGCCAACAGCGACAUCCGAUCCUACCAUUGCAAACGCCGGCCUCACCGAGCUCGAGGCUCCUCGACAGAAUGGUGUUCCUGCCGAGACUCUCACCGAACCUUCAUCCGCUGCAGCGAUCUCAUCCGGCGAUGCUGGUAACCAGGCUGGCGAGCGCUGGGACACGACUUCAGCUGGCGCCCAGCAGGGUGGUCUUGAUGAGAGCUACGAGAUCGUUCCUCGUCCUUCUGAAGAGGUGGAUGUCCCCGCUCCAGCGGCAACACAACCACAGAGCACGAGCUGGGCUGAUGAGCCAGUACACGAGGCAGCAGCCGGAGUCGGCAAUCAGGCAGGCGAGAGCUGGAACGUGAAGGCACCCGGCGAGCAGACAAACAACAGCCGGGGAGCAGAGCCAGCCGCGGCUAAUGGCUGGGCUGAGCAAUCUGAGGCCGCUGCUGCAGCUGAUGACGGCUUCUCCGAGGUCCCAGGCCAUACUCGCGGCGGUCGAGGAGGUCACCGUGGCCGAGGUGGAGAUGGUGGUGAGUUCCGUGGUCGCGGUGGUCGUGGAGGCGGAUUCCGUGGCAACCGUGGCGGCGAUGGAGAAUUCCGAGGCAGAGGACGUGGGGCCUUCCGCGGAAAUCGUGGCGGCGAAGGCGAGGGACGCGGUGGACGUGGCGGACGUGGCCGUGGCGGUCCUCGUGGUGGAGGUGCUGAGGGUGGCAAUGCUGCGCGCUCGUAG